AUGUCGCCAGCUAUUGUCCAGGCCGGUGCCGGCUCAGCCGCAAAGGAUGUCAAGAGAGAGUCAGCAACCGCUCGAUUGCUGGGUUCCGGUUCCGCCGGUAUCGCAGAGCUGCUGGUCUUCCAUCCUGUCGAUACUACCGCCAAGCGAUUGAUGAGCCACCAGGGCAGGAUCACCUCCCUCAGCGGCCUGAACCAGGUUGUCUUCAGGGAUUAUGCCUCUGCGCCUAUCGCCCGCAAGUUCACUUCUCUCUUCCCCGGUCUCGGAUACGCUGCGGGUUACAAGGUUUUGCAAAGAAUCUACAAGUACGGUGGUCAGCCUUUCGUCAGAGACUACCUGGCCAAGCACCACGGCUCCGACUUCGAUAACGCCUUCGGAAAGGGAACUGGCAAGGCUAUCAUGCACGCUACUGCUGGAAGUUUGAUCGGUAUCGGAGAGAUCGUCCUGCUUCCCCUGGAUGUCCUGAAGAUCAAGAGACAGACAAACCCCGAAGCUUUCCGUGGCCGUGGACUCUUCAAGAUCAUUUCCGAUGAGGGUAUGGGACUGUACCGUGGUGCCGGCUGGACUGCUGCCCGUAACGCGCCUGGAUCUUUCGCUCUUUUCGGUGGUUCCGCUUUUGCCAAGGAAUACAUCUACGGCCUCCAGGACUACAACUCGGCCUCGUGGACGCAGAACUUCGUCGCCUCCAUCGCUGGUGCUAGUGCCUCCCUUAUCGUCUCCGCGCCGCUCGAUGUCAUCAAGACCCGUAUCCAGACCCGCAACUUCGAGAACCCCGAGUCUGGUUUCCGGAUCGUCGCCUCUAUGGCCAAGAACGAGGGCUUCACCAGCUUCUUCAAGGGCCUGACGCCCAAGCUGCUGAUGACUGGACCUAAGCUGGUGUUCAGCUUCUGGCUGGCUCAGACUCUGAUCCCGGCCUUUGGCCACGUUGUAUAG